AUGUGUUCAAGACAAAUAGUAUCGUUGACUCAGCGUCUUUUUCCCAAAAAUAGCUUGCUAGUUUUGCUAGCACCUCAGAUUGAUUCUCAAGGUUUUCUGAGUUUAUUUUGUCGCCCUCCAUCUGCCAUAUCUUACAUGUUCGGGAUGACCUCAGCGGCAUGCGUUGACAUCCUUCCAAGUUAUAUAGGCGCUACCCACCUCAGGGUCGUUUUCCUCUCGCCCUGCAGUCUUCAAUACUAA